UGCCAGGCCUCAGUAGGGUUAAACUGGGGAGGGGUUGGCAGCACCUGUAACCAUAGAGAUAGGAAGCUAUUACGGUAACAAAGUACGGAUUUGUAUGCUGAAAGAGCAUGCGUAGCACGACCUAAUGGGCGGAACAAUUCGGAGAGACUGUAGGUCUGGUCGUGUAGCCCCGCCCCUCGCCUUGCUGUCUGUGGUUUCCUUGAUUGACUUCCCGGAGCCGAGCAAAGGGGCGGGGCUGCAUAUUUUCCUCCUUCCCGGCUGAGCAAGUGCUUUUCGCACGACCACCUGGUUGCUUCAUCAUGCACGGCUUCCCCGCCAUCCCUGAGGAGAUCAGCAACCUCCUUGCAGAUGUCGACACAUUUAUAUCAGACACCCUAAAAGGAGAAAAUUUGUCCAAAAGAGCAAAGGAAAAGAGGGAUGCUUUGAUUAAGAAGAUAAAAGACAUCAAGUCCAACUACCCUCAGGAGUUUCCUGAAAGAGGAGAGCUAGAAGAUGGAGAAGAGCAUGAAGGCCCUUGCCCUGUGCCUCCGGACAAUCUCUCUCUAGCAUCUGACCGCUAUGAUAAAGAGGAUGAAGGCCCCUCUGAUGGGAAUCAAUUUCUUCCAGUUGCAGCACAAGACCUUCAGUGUGUUUUGAAAUCUGGGUACCUGGAAAAACGCAGAAAAGACCACAGCUUUCUUGGCUUUGAGUGGCAAAAACGAUGGUGUGUUCUGAGUCGAGCAGUCUUCUAUUAUUAUGGAAGUGACAAAGACAAACAACAGAAAGGUGAAUUUGCUAUAGAUGGCUACACCGUCAGAAUGAAUAAUACCCUUCGGAAGGAUGGAAAGAAAGAUUGCUGUUUUGAAAUCGCUGCUCCUGAUAAACGCAUUUAUCAGUUUACAGCUGCUACUCCCAAAGAAGCUGAGGAAUGGGUACAGAAACUCAGACAUGUACUACAAGACAUGGGAUCUGAAUAUAUUCCUGAGGAGGAGGAAGAGGAAGAAUAUGACAACAUUGAUGAAAGUGAUAUGCCUUCUCCACAAGCAAGCACAGAAGCAAUGGAUGAUAUUUAUGAAGAACUUCCAGAAGAAGAAGCAACAACAGCCAACGUGCCAGUGAAGAUUGAAGAAUCAAGGAAACAGAGCCAGGAGAAUGUUAGCAAUUCUUCAGGCAAUAAAAAAACCGACUAUGUUAAUUUCUAUCAAGGUUUGUGGGACUGUACUGGAGAUGUUCCUGAUGAGCUGACAUUCAAACACGGCGACGUUAUCUACAUUCUCAGCAAGGAGUACAGUAGAUUUGGCUGGUGGGUAGGAGAAAUGAAAGGAACCAUUGGCUUGGUGCCUAAAGCCUACAUAAUAGAGAUGUAUGAGAUUUGAGAGGCCCCGGUGGAUUCCACAAAUUAGAUGAAGAUUAGCACAUGCCAACGCAAAUAUGCAAGUGUCUAGGCUUUAGUAAGAGCAUGAAACCUAAUGUUUUGCACAAAUAUCUUGAUUAUAGUGCUGUAUUUUGAUAUUUAAUGUUUAUUGUGCACUGGGGAUAGUAUAGACAGUUGGCAUCUAAAUUAAACUAAACUUUUUAAAAAAACAUUUCUCUCUGCUUAUCAUAGGACUUGAAUUAUUUUGCAUUUAGGUUAUUUUAAGAAAUUAAGUUCAAGCAUUUAUUAUACUUUAAACAAGCAUAACUCACAGGAAAUGUAUCCUGAGCAGGUCCAGCUGCAAUCUACAAGAGAUUCUAGACCAUCUCGCAUUUGUUUCAACAUGAGUGUCACAGAAGACAUUCCGAAGGAGUUAAGCUACUUGGCACAUAUUAUAAACAGCAAUGGAUCUUUCGUAUGACUGUUCCCUAGUCUCUCUUUUCUAACAGUACAUUUUACUUUAUUGUGUUUUAAAAUUCUUAAUUAUAUUCACAUUAUUUAAAAAUUUAUAAGUUGAUGACACUGCAGUAGCAGAUCACAUAUUAUAUAAUAUAAUAGAUUUACUGGUUAGGGAUGCUAUAUGUUGCACUUUCUAGGAUACAUUUCUACAUAUUCUUGAGCCAAAAUAAGUGCUUUUGUAAGGUUUUUUCAAAACCUGAAUAUUGUGAAUGUUCCUUUUUCUUGUUUGGAGAUUGCUGCCAUUGUUUCCUCUUCCUGGUUUUGUUGCUUUCACACAAUUUUGUUGCUGCUGUUACUACACUGUCUUCCUAGGUCAAUUGCAUAGGUGAUGCUCAGAAGAUCAGGCAUUACAUAACAGAGGGAUUUGAUGACAUUAUAUCAUUGAGAGUUAUAAAGCCAAUUCAGUUUUGAGAAAGCAACCCCAGUGAAAUCACUGUGUGUUACCACUGCUGAACAUGUUUAUGGAAGGUUCCUCUUCAGGGAUUGCUAAAAAAAACAGCAAAGGUGUUCUUACUGAAACCAAUGGGAUGUAAGUUAGUAACUACUAACUUUUCACAUUGAUUGAAGUUGAGCUAAAUGUUACUAACUUAGUAUGCAGGCCUAUAUCCACUUACUUCUGGGGCUUACUUCUAAGUAGACAUUGCUGUCAGUCCAGAUCCAACCUUUUGUAUGCGAGGGUUUUUUCCCCCAUGGGAAAAGUGAGAUUUUACCGAGUGAUGAGCUUUUUACUAGAUUGGAUGCUCAUCACAGUUAAAUUGUCUAUUUCAUUUUCAACUUUAAAUAAUAAAAAAGAAAUAAACAUGAGUUUUAUCCAUUGAUAGACUUUAAUGAGAAAUCUGUGGGCAGAUAAUUUCUUUAGAAAGACUAAAGCCUCCACAAGUUUAUGGAUCUGACUUAAAUCCAUGAGAAGCAAUGCUACUUAACAAACCAAGAAUUACAUUAUUGCUACCUAGCACUGGUGUUCAUUUAAAUAUGAUGAUCUCAAGAGGAAAAAACAGACUUCUGUAUUACCCAGGUUUGCCAGUAGAUGGCAGCAGACUUUCACAGCAUAUUGGGCUUCUGGGAAAACCAUCCCCCACCAAUGCUUGUCACACUCAGAUGAACCUUUUACAACUUAAAAUAUUUGGAGGACUCCCUUCCCCUUUUCAUGUAAAUCCAGGAGAGGGAGUCCUUAGCCAGCUGAUGAAUGACAGAUCUUCAAACAAUUUUUUUUCCAAUUGAAAGGAGGAUAUAGAUAGCAGCGGUUUUAUUACGUUCAUAACUUUUUUCUCAUGUAGUACAAAGUGAUAUGUUUAGCAAACACACAUGCACAUUAAAAAUGAAGAUAUUUCAAAGGCACUGUGUUCCCACCUUUUAAAUAGACAUGCCUUGGAAUAAACCAGCAAAAUAAAAGGGUUGAAAUGUUUGCUUUGAAAUCUUGACAAAUACCAUAACCUUUUUUGGGAUGAGAUAAUUCCCCAUUAAUGUGACUCAAAUAGAACAGAAUGCUGCAAUACAUGCUAAUUGCUUUGUUCUCUUUGUUUACUUAUAUUUCCUUUGCGUUCCUUCGAAUACUAGGAGCUGUUCUGUAAGUCAUAUUUUAUGCAACAUUUUGCUUGAUUAUUUGCUCUGUACUGGAUUUGUACUAUACUGCCAUUAGAUCUUACAAUAAUGUUCCACACUGCAAAUUUUUAAGGUUCAAAUAAAGUUUAAUUGUUUGCAAA